UUGCGCAAUUUCCUGAUGAGCCAACUGAAGCCCAUCACGCCCGUCGUGUCGCUCAACUUUGAGGCCUGCAGCUAUGCCAAAGUCACCGUACCGGAUCUCUAUUUUGCCAAGCAGGUGGUGUCCAAUUUGCACCGCAAGAAGAUCGGCCACAAGCGCAUGCUGGUCAGCUACACGCGCGACUCAUCCCUGACCGAGGUCAAUACACUGCGCUGCCAGGUUGCUGGACUGUUGAAGGAUGUUCCGUACUAUACAUUACCCAUGUAUAAGUUCCGCGAGCUGUUCCAGUCGCGCUUUAAGACCUCAAUCAAUGUCCUGGAUUUGUACAAGAUGCAGGACAUCUGCUCUAUUAAGUCGGACAACAACGACGGCCAGUUCAUCAGUCUGCAGGAAGAGCUGGUCAACACGCUGGAGAGCUCGCCGCUGAUGGAGGGACUGCAGCACAGUGUGCCCUAUUGCACGGUGCACUUCAAGCGGGAGCAGCACAAGGGCUGGGCAGAGCAGGAGAUCGAACCGCUGCCUAAUGUGUGCAUGACCAUUGCGGAAAUACAGCAUCUGAUUUAUCCGCUGCUGAAGCAUCAUCCGGGCGAUAUACCCGUGGCUACGCUGCUGCACUGCAUCGAGAGUCAGUUGAAAGUGAAAAUUGCGGCCGACGAGAGCGGUGUUAAUCUGGAGCAUCUCGUUUGCUGUGUCCAGGGCAUACAGAUACAGGUGAACAACUUUGGUAUUAAGAUUCUCGGCUGGCUGGAGCUGAACAAGGAGGUGUCCAUAAGUGGCGCUGGCAUGGCCAAUGCCAGCCUUAAUAGCACUGAUCGUGGCAACGGCAACGGUGCUUCUGGCGGUUAUUUCAAAAACUCUGUGGCCGAUCCUCUUUUCCAAAUCUCACGCGAGGUUAUCGAGCUGGUGAAAAUGUCGCCCAAGUCCACGAUGAAGUUCAAUCGCUUCAUCCCGGCCUAUCACAACCAUUUCGGCAAGCAGUGCCGCGUUGCGGACUAUGGCUAUACCAAGCUGAUUGAGCUCUUUGAGGCGUUAUCCUCGGUGGUCCAGAUCAUGGGCGAUGGCGAGAAUCGUCAGAUAACACUCACACAUCGCACCCAAAUCCGACGCUUCACUUCGGACUUGUUGCGUGUGCUGCGCGCCCAUGGCAACAACUCGGUGCUUCUGUCCCAAUUGCCUGGGAUUUUUUCCCAGACCCAGAAUCGCAACUUUGAUGUCACCGAUUAUGGUGUGUGCGACAUUGUGGACAUCUUGGACGGCCUGGUCAAUAGCAAUAUUGUCGUCCUCAGCACAGUGCAGCAAGGCAAGGAUAUACUUAUAUCCAUUCCCAAGCGCAAGCAGACCAACACGGAGCUGGAGAAGACCUGUGUGUUUGCUGGCGAGAUGGUGGAGCUCUUCCAGAAUGCUUUGCAGUACAGCCUACUCUUUCAGAAGUUUGUGCGCUCCUAUCACUACCAUUUCGCCUAUCAGUGUCGCCUGAGCGACUAUGGUUUUCUCAAGCUGGCGGAUCUCAUGGAUGCCAUACACGGCGUGGUCGAACUCGAGAUGACCAGCGAUGAGGACAAGAAGAUUGUGCUAUCGCCGAAGGUGGCUAGACGUGUGUUUGCCGAACAGUGCGAGGAUCUUAUACGCAAUGUCACCGGCAACUCAACCAAUUGUAUGAAGCUUGAGCAGGUGCUCAAGUUGCACAAGAAAAAAUAUGGUUAUCAAAUGCAACCGCAAACAUUGGGCGCACCAGACAUAGCCAGCGCCAUUGAGCUACUGCCCUAUGUCGAGAUAGUGCACAAGGAGCAGGCCACCUGGAUGAUCUGCCACAACGACGAUGUGGAAUUCCGCCAGCUAUGCUAUCGCGCCUGCAAGCAGCUGCUGCAGCGUGAGGCGAUGGCAAAUACUGCGGCAACUCCUGGAGAGCCCACAUCACCACCAAAGCAAGAGCCACUCAGCCAGGCGCAGUUCGCUAGCGACUUCAAUGCAAAGCACAAGGUACAGCUAACGGAAUCUACACUUCAUGCCAUGCGGCAUGCCAUAGAGAUCUACGUGGAGGCGGAUGAGCCUUGUGUGCGACUUACCAGCUUUAUGCGAUUUCUGGUGUCCAUUGUGCGUCUUUUGGAGCAACGUCCCAAUAUGUAUUUGUACGAGCUGAAGAGCGCCCUUGACUGUGGAUUGACCACCACCUUCGAGUUUGGCUUUCCCAAUUUGUAUUCAGUUAUUGUGGCUCACGAUGAUCUCUUUACGAUCAACAUGGGACCCACACAGGAGCGCAGCGAUGUCGCCCUUAAUGUAAAUUGCGAACUACGCCUCAAUGCGGGAGCCACUCAUCAGCAUCUGUUUGGCUCCCUGAAGCUGCCCUAUGCUAAGCACAAGGCUCAGCGAAGCAAACGCACACCGCUCGGAGAGCACAAUCGUCCACCGCCAACCCAGGCGCCGCCUCCGCACAAGACCCGUGCCAUAGCCAAUGAGUAUGCGAGCAGUAUUGGCAGCGUGUCCAAUAAUGCCGCCCACAAGCCGCAGGUGACGAUCAACAGCUUCCAGGCCUAUCAGGAGCACUUUGCCGCCAGCUCAGCACAAGUCAAAUGCUCCCCACCCAGCGCCAAUUGCUCUGUUAUGUCAUCCACAAUGCUGAACAGCUCCGGUACCGCCAAUAUAAGCCUGUGCAGCAGCUGCAGCAAUAAGGAAAAUUCGCUCAACAGCAGCUCGCAUCAGAUCUUUAACAGCAGCAACAGCAACAGCUCCUUUAAUACAUCUUGCGAGCUUAACAGCAGCCUCUGCGCCGGCGAUGUCGCCUCCAGCACAGCCAUAACCUCGGCCAUGCCUUAUGCUCAUUCUGGCAAAUUGUGGUAUCGGCGUCAGGCCAGCUUCUAUCAGCAGCAGCAGCAUCAGCAACAGGUGCAACAGCAACAGCAACUGCAGCAACAGCAACAGCAAAGGCAACAGCAAAGGCAACAGCAACAGCAACAGCAGCCUACCUUGAUGCAGCAUUCCUUCGACUCAGGUCGCGAUUUAUAUGAUUUGGUCAGCUGCAAUGUGGCGCCGAUACGUUCUUGCUAUGAUCCACCCAAGCCCGAUACGCCGCCAUCGGAGAAAUUGCCUUUCUGGAUCGAUCCCGUAUGGAGCAAUCAGUCGGAGCAGCCAAAGCAAAACUUGCUUAACAUUCGACUGCCAGAGCUGAAGGGUCUCAAUGUUCUCCCCAUGCUUUUGUCGCCCUAUACUAUAUCCAAGCAUGCGAAUAUGAAGCGAAAGCUGUUUAACUUUGAUAAUCACGAUCGUAAGAUAGCCUAAGCAGCAAC